GUGGCUGUGUGUUCCUGUUUGUGUUCCUGUCUGUGCGGCUGUCCCUGCGCCUCUCCCUACCACCCGCGGCCGGGACAGCAGCCCCCGCCCGGCCUCAGCUCCGCCCGCCUCGGGACGCGGCCUAGGGGGGACACGGCGGCUUCAGCAGCCGCGCUGCCUUCUGCCAGCGCUCCCUCGGCACGGCUCUGCCGCCCGGUCACUUCUGUGGGGCGGCUGGUGUCUUUCCUCUUUUAGAGCGACGCCCCAAAUCGCAGCGUGCGGCGCUGGCACCUCGCCGCCCGCGUCCCUCAGAAAGUUUGCAGCGCUCCUUCCCCGCGCCGUGUCCGCCCGUGCCUUCGCGGCUUCAGGAGGGGAGAGCCGGGCUGCACCUGCGCUCGCCCAUCCACACCCCCGGGGGGCCCAGCGGGCGGAGGGCGUGCGCGGGCAGGGGCAGCGGCCGCGCCAGGCCACGGGGCUGACGGGCCCGACCUCUUCCGCGGGACCCUGGCUACGAGGGGAGUGACGAGAGCUGGGCUUGGGUCGCUGCUGGGAUGGAGGAGUCUGUGUGUGUUAGUCUCUGUGUGUUAGUCUCUGUGUGUGUGUGUGUGUGUGGCGAGGCGUCCCGGCUAGCGAGGAGGGCUCCGCGGGGCCAAAGCGCUGCCCCGGGGCGAACAGCACCAGCCCGAACCUGUCGGUGUCAGAAGUGGAAGCGGCAGCCCUGCGGUCCCGCGCUGCAGCAGGUUGGGAUGUCGGUCUCUAUCCUUUCCUGUCACAUGGCUGGUAAUAGGAUCCCUCAUCUGCCACUCGGCACCUCGCCGGGGCGCACUUACAGGACACAUGCUGUAGGGCCUCCGCUUCCCGCACUUUGCGCUCUUCCCGGCCGCCUGCCACCCCCGGAGAGCCGGGGCUGCCGCCUGCGAGCGCGGCGCGGCCCGGCGGCCGCCGCCUAUGGAGCCUCCCGCCCUCGCCGCCGUCCUGGCCUUCUCCGGGCUGGCGCUGAGCUGCUGCCGCGAGCCCGUUCUGUCCGAAUGCUAUACAGCCAACGGGGCUGACUAUCGUGGCACUCAGAACCAGACCUCCCAAUAUGCAGGGAAACCUUGUCUUUUUUGGAAUGAGACCUUUGAGCAUCCUUACAAUACUGUGAAAUAUCCCAAUGGGGAGGGAGGGCUUGGAGAGCACAACUACUGCAGAAACCCUGAUGGGGAUGUCAGCCCAUGGUGCUACAUUGCAGAACAUGAAGAUGGAAUAUACUGGAAAUACUGUGAGAUUCCAUCCUGCCGAAUGCCAGGAAAUCUGGGCUGUUACAAGGACCAUGGGGAGCCACCACCUCUGACUGGCACCAGCGAGACCUCCAACAAGCUCACCAUCCAAACGUGCAUCAGCUCCUGCCGCAGCCAGCAGUUCAAGUUUGCAGGCAUGGAAUCAGGUUAUGCUUGCUUCUGUGGAAAUAAUCCUGACUACUGGAGAUACGGGGAGGCAGCCAGUACGGAAUGCAACAGUGUUUGCUUUGGAGACCACACUCAGCCCUGCGGUGGGGACGGCAGAGUCAUUCUUUUUGACACCCUUAUUGGUGCCUGUGGAGGGAAUUACACUUCUGCUACAGCUGUGAUCUAUUCCCCAGAUUUCCCUGACACAUACGGCACAGGCAAAGUCUGUUAUUGGACCAUACAAGUUCCAGGAGCAUCUCAAAUCCACUUCACCUUUGUCCUUUUUGAAAUCAAAGAUGCUACAGAUAUGGUGGAACUGCUGGAUGGUUACACCUACCACGUUCUGGCUCGUUUUAAUGGCAAGAACAGGCCUCCCCGCACCUUUAACAUCUCUUUGGAUUUUGUCAUUUUGUACUUUUUCUCAGAUGACAUCAAUCAAGCCCAGGGAUUUGCUAUCAGGUAUAGAGCUGUGAAGGACAAUGUGCACCAAAACAAGAUCCCAGUGAAUCACACCCUUCCAGAGAGGAUAAAUGAGCAAACAAAUCUCAGCAUCAAUGCAGCGCGGUCAUCAAAGAUACUCUAUGUCAUCACAACCAGCCCAAGCCAUCCAACCAGCUCCAUGCCUGAAUGGACAAUAUACAGCCUCACAGCACUGCUCAUCCUAAGUGUUACAGCCAUAAUUGCAAAGAUACUUCUGCACGUUACCAUGAGGUCCCACCAGAUUCCAGCUGCAGCUGAAACAGAGGAUUGCAGUGAUGUCACUACUGCUGGUGAGAUCUGGAGCAUAUUUUACCAACCAUCCACAUCAAUAUCCAUCUUCAAGAAGAAGCUUCGAAAUCAACAAGAUGAUUGCAACCCACUGGUGGGAAACUGAGCUGUCUUUUAUUUUGCAAGAAUUGAUCUCCUUAAAAUCCAGGUGACUUGAGAUUAAUCUUCCUUUUUUUUUUCCUCCCAAUCUCGUACCUGUUUUCCAAAAAGUCCAUUUCCAAAGGCCUUUGAGAGACUUUGCCUAUCUGCUGUUCCCUUGGAAAUAGCAGUGACAACGGAUUUAAUUGCAGCAAUAAUUCUGAAAUACCUGGUGCUCCUCAAGUCUGUAGUGCUGUUAAUUACUGUCUUUAAACCAUUGCACUUCAAAUAGAUGUAAAAACUCGUAACAUUCAAAAUGUCCUGUACCCCUGCCAGAGGUAACUGAAGGGGUAUCUACAGGUUGAGGAUUUCUUGUGUCCCCCUGUCUGUGCCACUGUAUUAGAGCAGGCUACUUUAGUCCUUCUGUUCUCAAGGCUGAAGACAGAGGUGGGUACUGCUAACCUGCUCAGCAAACAGAGCUUAUUUGCCCUGAUGUAAACACAUCUCAGUGGUGCUGUACAGUAGAAUGGGAAUCAAAGACUGGAAAAAUGAUCAGCCUGGUUGCUCAGUGCUGUGCUCUUUCUGCAUGUUCUGUUUCUGUGUCUACAAGCAGAGAUGCAAACAUAAAAAAUCAGAUUCAGGAUGCCUCUAUAACAGGAUUCAGCUACAAACAUGCAUUUGAUUGACUAGAGCUCACCAGGUCAAGGCCUGCAGGAGCAUUGAAGCCUUUUAAGUGACUGUCUGACCCAUCAUUCACUGAUGUUUAUGAUAAUUUUGUUCACGUUCACAGUGAUCCUUGAAAAAACUAAUUGUACUCCAGCCUGGAGCCGCCAUUCAUCCUGGGUGUAAGCUUAGGGCUUCUGAAAGGAUUGUCCAAAGAUACUGUAAUCCACUGAAUUUUUAUCAGUGAGGCUGACUAACCAGUUUUUGCUCUGAAGCCACAUCUAUUGAUCUCAGCAGCCCAAAAUAUUUGCAAAGUUGUAGGCUGCUAUCACCAACUCCCCUGGGCCAGGCUGUGCAGCUGAACAUGCACAAAACAGCUGCCUUGACACUCGCCUGCGAGGAGAAGAGUCUCCUUGCCUGCAGCACUAAAACUGAACUGAAUUUUUAGGGUAAUUGCCUUACUUGUCAAAGAACUAAAACAUCAGUGGGGUUCUGAUCCGUGAACUAUUUUCUUUGAUUGCAGCAGACAGCAUUAACUAUUUCUCCUCUUUGGUAGACUGGCUGUCCAUCCACAAUACUCAGAUUUCUCAUCCCACCACUACAAGUGGGAAACAAGGGAUCAGCAGUGAGUCCUUCAGCCUCAGCAAGUUCAGACCAGCCAGAUAUUUAAGAAAAACUGUCAAUGCAAAUGUCAGAUAAAUUGACUGGAAAAGUUUACAGCGGGCAGCUCCUUAAACUCAGUUAGAGAAGGUUCACUGAGAACCAUUAAACUACAGUAAUUCUGGUUAAGUUUGAACAUAUAACAAUGGUCUGCAUAUACCAUAUGUGCAGUCAGAGAACAUCUAUUAAGUGCAUCUACAAAAGGUAAUUAAGAAAAGUUAGAAAAUUCUCUCAGAGUUUAAAUUCAUUCUAGUAUCUGCCCUUAUGUUUUUUAACAUAUAGCUCUUUUGUGAGAACUAUAGAUUUCACUGAAAAAUCAGGGCAUCCAAGAAUUAAGCAGUGAAAUCUUGUGCCUUACCACUGUAGAUCUGGUCUUUUACCUGAACUGAAUUCAGUCCAGCUUGAUUUAUGUACCACAGAUGAGUGCUAGAGACAGCUGAACAAUAUCACAAUGCAUGCUUAAAAGAAACCAGACUUUACUAAGCCAGCAAUUAUGGAAUUGUUUAUAUAAAAAAUGGAACAGCAUGGGAACAUCUAGUACUUUCUUGCAUGAGCUGCUGGAAAGAAUACAGGAAAAUAUAAUUACAGUAUUAGCUAAAAUGAAGACAGGACAAGUUGUAAAAAAUAUGCUGGUUCUCUCUUACGUGUCACCACGUUGGACCAAAAACCAUUGUCUGUUUCAGACCCAACAAGAGUUCUGAAAUUGCCUUUUUUAAAAGUAAGGUUUUGCAUCAUGCAGUGUGGAGAAAGAGUUCACCUCAGAGAUUCAGAGCAAAACAAAGUAGGCUGGUUCCUAAGCAUCCUUAAUUCGGUGCACUAAGAGGAAACCAGGCAGAGAGAAUCACAGUGUGCUGCCAGAUCCUCAGGAGCUGUUAGAGCACAUAGUGCUUAUCACAAAGUGAUGAAGCUUUGCUUGCCUUAUCAAAUGCAGGUUAAACAUUUUGUCAGAGAUAUUCACAAGGCAGUUACCUAAUGGUGAUAACCUGAAAAAACAUCAGGAACACCUGGUGACUGAUCUACACCUACCACAGAAAGAAAAAGUACAGAAUGUUACACUUCUCUUCACAAGUGAAGAAUUUAAUUUCACUAUAAUAUUAGAGAAAAUAUCAUUACAAACAGCAACAACGACUGACACUACUAAUGCAAAAUCUACAGAAUUUAAGAAGUGAGAUUUUUGCAUUGCUCCCUUAGGUCCUCAAAUAUUUCUUUAAUAAAAUUGUAUUUCAUGGGACUUUCAUGGGAAGCAUUAAUCACAUUUAUGUACAAAAGUCCCAUAAAACCAGCACUUAGAGCAGAUUAACUGGUCAUGCUGACAAUAAACAGGACUAGUAUUAGACAGUGCAUGGGUAAUACACUGAUAAAAGCAUAGAAGAAACUAUGUUCCCCCCCCCCCCCAGAAUUUUUCAGAUUGGCUGAUUCUGGAUGCUGCUAGUGCCAGCAAACAGAGCAAUGGAUGGAAAUUCAUGGACAGGGUCCCUUAAAUAGCACUUAUACUUUCCAGGGCUGAGACCAUGAAGAGCGGGUAGAUCUCCAGUGUGGAUUUUUUCAAAAUGUGGUAGGGUCACUCACUCUGAGUGCUGACACUUCAGGGUGUGGUGACUGAUGGCCAAGAGAUGUGGUAUCCAUUAACACAGCACGUUUUGAUCUUUGCUGUAAGGGUUUGGGGGAGAAAGAAGCAAAAAGUGUGACCAUGCAUAAGUGUUGUAAUGCCACAAAAGAAAUGCCCCUACUACACAGGCAGCUGAGAGCUGGCAGCUGGAGAGCAGGGACACCUCAGGAUGGUGGUGUCUACACCAUUUUCUCCAAAAAUUCAGAAUAACUGCAGAAGAAGAAUUUGUUUGGAAUUUUAUCUGAACAGCCUUCUGAGCUCCUGCCUAGCAGUCCCCUCAAGAGGCUGGACAGGCUGCAAAGGUGACACUGGCUACAAUGUCAAAAGCAACUGUUUUGGCAACCAAAUCCUGAUGAGGAGCUGCCUCCUCCUUCACAGGGAUCUCAGCUCCUGCUCUGGCCCACUGCUCGCUCUUGUGUUGGUGUGACCAGCUGUGCAGUGGUGCAAUAAACUCAUCAGGUCCAAAACUGCCAUGGCUUUUUCUUCCCUGAGUUCCUUUUCACAGAGCUGAGCUCUCUGACCUUGCUCACUGGCUGGUGGCACAGGGGGGUGAGCUCAGAGCUCCCUGAGUGCACCCUAAGUGGACAGUAAGCCAUGGGACAAGGCCAGAUGUGUGCCCCAGGAGCUGGGGCCAUGAGCACUUCUGCUGGAGCUGCCACAGCAGCCACGGCUGAGCCCGCUGCCUUCACUCUGCACCCAGCUCCAGCAGCCUACACUGUGUGUGGACCUCAGGUGGAAAGGGGCCAGCUGGACAAGUGCCUUCCCUCAUUCAAAAUCUCCAUUUAGAACUAGUUUAGUUUGUUGACUACGUGAUUUUAUAUGUAUUUUUAUCUUAAUAUUGUUAUGUUGUGGGAAAAUAGAGACUUUGUUAUGUAAAAAUGUGUGAUGUGUUAUCAUAGUAAUAUAUAUAUUUGUAUAUGUAUAGGAAAUGCAUUAUUUAAUACAGCAUAUUAUGCUUCUAUCUUGCUAACAUUUUAUAGGAAGAAAAGAUGUUAGUUUACACUCUGGGAAAAAUAAAUUUUCUAUACACUGUAACCAUAGGGAAAAAAAUCAAAGAUACUUCUUUGGUGUAUAUGAUAGAAAGACAUUGAGAAUAGGGGAGCUCAGCCUCAGUUUUGUGACAGAAUAGAUGCUGAUAAAACAAAUGCUGUAAGAAACACUUUCUUCCUUUGAAUCUCAUUUCUAGCCUGUAAUUGUAUUAGGCUGUUGAUAAGAUUCUGCAAAUUCAUGUGCAUAUACUCUCUGGAUGAUUUUUAUCAUGAAACAUGUAAUCUGCUUUUUCAAUCAAGCAUUAACAUAAUCUUCUUUAGGACUUGUUUCUGCCAGAUUUUCUACAGCCAGGACAAUGCUGAGGAAGUUUAUCACACAGACAAUCCAGUGGGAUUGCAGAAUUAUAAAGUCUGUGUGUUCCAACCCCCCCAGCAAUAAUAUAAACAGGAGAUUUUUAUGGACAGUCCUGGAAACUGCACUGAAUCUGCAGCCUGAAUGACUGCAGGUCAAACACAUCAGCAGACACACGGCUGCCACUGAGUGAGCACAAGCAGCUAUUCCACUUUCAUCUUCUGCUUAAUAAGCCUUCUCAGGCAGUGGGAAGGAACAGUUUUCUAGUGCACCACUUUGCCUAAAGGAAGGGUGAACUACAAAAACAACUCCUGACAAAAACUUGUCCGACUGGUUCUUACUGCCUUGCAGCGUAUUUCACAAUCUUCCAAUGAAAUACAGCUCACUGAUAGUUUCACCUGGGUAUUGUUCUGGACAUUUAUGAACAAAUCUGCUACCCUGAGAGUGAAAAAUACAAUUGCUUUCAGACCAUAUCAGUUUUUUUAACAACACAUCCCCACUAGACACACAUUUCACGCCACUCAGACUCUCCCAGAUUUACUGAGCACCUGUGCUUUGGGAUGAAAUUUGGCAUCAUGAACUUCAGUCUAAAGGCAUUUUGCUCCAAAUCUGAAAGCUAUCACAUGAACCACAUAAGGCUGUCAAGAAACCAGAAUAAAUCAAACUUGAGGUGACUCACUGCUGAAAUAUGCACUGUGUUGAUAACUGUUCACCCUGCAUUCAGCAAAUGGUUGUAAAUAAUAAUUAUGAAAAAAUAAAUAGUGUAUUGGUGCAGGAGGAGUUCAGUUAGGAUGACUGAAGUGUAUGCAAGCAUGAAAUACAGGAGGCAGAAACUACUGCAGCUCACCAGCAGAUUACAAGAGCACUGCCUGCUUUACAUGUCAGAAGAGAGUAACUAGAGCUGAGAAUGAUUACUUUACAUAUAAAGUAUGAUACUGCUCUGAGACACAAUUUUUGAGGUAACAGCAAAUUGAAAGUUUUCGGUUUACGUGUUUUCAAACUUGUAAGAACUGUAUAAAUUUGUUCAGGGUUUGCUUUGCCAUUGCAGCACUGUGUAAUGCUGUUUCCACUUUCUUGCAAGACUCAUCUUUUCUCUAAUUAAUUCCUCCUGGCCAAAAUAAUGCUACAUUUUAAGAAACCUUCAGCAACCUUUUAUGUAAACACCAGAAAACCAGUGACAAAUACCAAAACUGUCUCCAGCUUUUCCUGUGAAGACUCAUUUUUCUUUUAAAAACACAGUUGUCACAGGGGACUGGCCUCCCCUUACAGGGAGGUUACUCUGCUCUCCUUUCUUGCCAUCCUGGUUAUGAGACUCUGGCACUUUGAUUCUUUCUGGGAACUGUUCCCUUCUUUUCUCUUGCUUGUUUCCUAAGCAGCAGUUUCAUUCCCCACGAGGGAAAUGUGUUCUUUAUUCUGAAAGAGACACUUUUCUAUGAAGCAUUUAAGUCACAGGAGCAGGGUGCUUUCACUGCAAGAUAAAAUAUCUGGUUUCAGGUAUGCCAUUGUCUCCCUGGCCAGAGAAUUAGGCCAAGCUGGCUCCACAGGGUAUGAACGUGGCCAUCCUUUUAAGGGCAUUUUUCUCCCCACGCUACCCAAGCAACAACCGUUACCUAACAGCUGCCAUAGGAUUUGACAGAUGCACACGAUAUUGCAGAUAGUGUUACAGAAACACCAAGUGUUACAGUAAUGUACAAUCCACUAUGAAUAAUCUGCUCCUGCUUCUCUUUUUCUACUGUACUGAGGUUCUGUGGAGGUUUGUGGUGCCCCGCAGGACUCUCAUUUUGUCACAAAGUUGUUCCUUAAGCAUCACACCUGAAAAGUAACAAGAACCUUCCCCCCUUGCCAAGUGUCCAAAUGGUCACUUUGGACAUGAAAAUAUUUACAUCUAGUCAUUUUUAAAAAGCCACAACAAAGACUAGGCAGAAUAUCCCACAGAGCCAAGCACCACACACAGGCUCAGCCAGCAGCCCACUGCUGUGUUCCAUGCAGACAGAACAUGGGCUCACUGAUUAUUCUGGGACACUGGCACAGCUCAUGUCACAGCUGGGACAGCCACAAUAGAGUGUCACCAUACAAUUCCAGAAGGCUUUAAGUAUUUGCCCAUACAGAAUAACACCUUACCACAUCAGAAGGCUUCAGACAUCUGCCCACGCAGAGUAACAUCCUGUCACUUCAGAAAGCUGCAGGCAUCACCUGCCCUUCUUGUUCUUUAGCCCAGCCUUCCAUCCCCUCGUGUUCAUGCAUGGCACCUGUGUGCCCUCUGCUCCCUCUGUGCUCUCAGUGCCCCUGGGCACUCCACGGCUCACUGCUGUCAGUGCUGCUCACCUGCUUCUCACAGCUGUGCCCACUGGGGAUGGGGCUCAGCCCCACUCCCCAUCACCACAAACUGUGUGCCUACAGGACACUGAGGGUGGUGGCAUGUCCUGUUCCUAAAAGCCCAAUCAGCUGGCAGUUUCCUGCAGAACAGGGAACAAGAAAACAGGACACAGCAGCAACAGCAACCGGGGGUGGAGGGAGGGAAGAGAAGGGAGAUUCAGAUGUGACCUGUCAACAUAGAGUUACCAGCCACCCACACAGGGGCUUUAUGUUAUUUGUAAAAACAACUGUUUUGUGAACUAAUUUGCAUAUAAAAGGCCUAUCUGUAACCACUGGCAAUUGCCAAGACUCUGUUCACUGAUUAAAAAAAAGGGGCACACACUUUAAUUGGGAAGCACCUGCUCCUGUUGCUCUUCCAUUAUUGUGCCUGUCUCCCCACACAGAGCAGGCUUUUCCAUCCUGAGGUCAGGAUGGGAACUGGUCCUCAUGCUGUGAAGGGUCCCCUACAAAAGAAUGCUCUUGAGCAGUCUGUUACCCCAGCUGGAGUUACCACACAUGAAACAAGGAGGGUUGCAGAAGUCAGGCUCAUUUCUUGGCUGAAUCCUGAGGUGACUGAAUUACAGUGCAUUUGAACAUGGAUGAGGGAUGGGGAAAGACCAGGGGAUUACCAGGUGGAAAUCUUUGGGAGAAGGAAGAAGCUGGAGAAUCCUGGAAAAGGCUCUGUGAGUUAUCACUGGAUGGGAAGUGAGUAACACAUGAAGGUGAAACUGUUUACACAGUAACACACAUAAAUACACAUUACAUACACACACAGAGCCACACAGCCCCAGGCUCCCCUCUUCUGGAGUCUGGUGAACAUCUCUGAUGAAAUUGUGCUCUCUGCUGACAAAAUGAGCACCACAAUACUGAGUUUCACCUAAGCAGGACCAGUGAUUGCAUGAUCCAGGGCAAGGACCUGGAUUUUGACUAUUUAAGCUACGAUUUACCCAGCUGUGCCCACCUGUAUCAUGCUUUUACCUGAAAUUACAACAGAGUUCAGUUCCCCUGCCAGGAGGAACAGGCAGGUUCCAAACAUAAAUGAGGAUUUCUUUUAGCAGCUGUGGUUCUUCCAUGUGCCUGGGGGGCUCAGGGGCUUGUGUGACACCCCCCACUGCCCCCCAGUAACUGGAGUGCCGUGUAAAGGCACAUACAUAUCCACCUGUCUGUUGUUUAAAAAAAAAGGAAAAAAAUGUUUAUUAGAGUUCAUCUCAGUAUAUCUAGGACUAUACUUUGAGGAGAACAGCUAUCUAUGUCCUUUCCCCCAAAACAAGAAGGACAACUCCCACAUGUAUAUGCAAUAAAACUGUAUUUUUUUGUGUG